CCGCUCUCACGGUGUAAGGCAGCCUGGAAGUCACGAGCUCGAGCAGACAAGAACCGCGGCGGACAGACGACUAACAUUCGGGCGAGCCACACGAGUGUCGCGGCUGCGAUCACAGCGCCCGCUGCCUCGGCGAAACCUAGACAGGCCGACCCGUGUCACGCGCAAGAAGACGGAGAGCAGGUACACGAGGGCUAGCCACGCAGAGAUCUCUACCGGGAGAAUGAGUUGUGUUGUCUGCAACCUCAGGACGACUUGCGAUAUUGGGUUCGGACUCGGAAAGAGCGCAAGGCUGCCAGGUAUAUCAUGAAGGGAGGGAGAUCGAGAGGGUGUCGUGGGAGAUUGUCUUGCUCGGCGCUCAAGCUUUGGUCGGAAUAGUCGAGGCCGUGCGGGAGCGCCCGUCUAUAAAUAACACUGGUAAUGAGCUUAUCACACAAUGAUCAUGCGCGAACGGCACAAGCAAGGUGAAUCCAGUCCAGUCCCUACCACGACAGGACAGGUGGAGAGGGAUGAAUGUCCGUUUCCUCUUCGGCCGAUGUCGAUUGCGAUCGUGUCGAGUCUUG